AUGAAUUGCUUUUUAACUAUAAAACUUUUAAUUAUCUAUAUUGCAAUUUUAAAAACUGUUAAUGGAUAUGAUAUUGUUUGUCAAAGUUUUUGUAAUCCAUAUGAGAUAUAUAAACAAAAUUGGAACAAUAAUGGAAUUCCAUAUCAUCUGUAUGAUAUAAAUGUUAGAAAUACCAAUUGUAAUGAAACAAUAUAUGCCUUUAUAAUUGGAAGUGAUAUAUGUACUCGACUGAGAUCAAAAGAUUCCUCUAGCUAUUGGAACAUUGAUUUAAUGAUACAAUUGGAUCGAUGUAUUUUAACUCCUGUUGGUGGUUUUUCAAUCUCUCCUAAACAAGUUUUGAAUUUCGGAUUUAUCAUAACUGGAGACACUCCUCCAAGCUUGAAUUUUAAAGGUGUUCGUACUUUUCCUCUUGUUAACGGAUCGAUGGCUCUGAGUGACUAA